AUGAGGAGCAACGAAGGAAAGAUAGUUGGAGUUGAAGGAGGACACAUAGUUCGAUCCUCCGGUAAGAAAGAUAGUCACAGCAAGGUUUACACAUCGAAAGGACCUCGCGAUCGCAGGGUUCGUCUCUCAGCACACACAGCCAUUGAAUUCUACGAUGUUCAAGAUCGUCUUGGCUAUGACAGACCAAGUAGAGCAGUGGAUUGGCUCAUCAGAAAAGCAAAACCUUCCAUUGAUAAGCUCGCCGAGCUUCCUUCGUGGCAUCCACUCGGCAAAACUCAAACCCUAAACCUUCAAGAGGAAGAACAGAAUGUAGCUGCACUCUCAACUGGCAUGGUUAUGGGAGAAUCAUCGAAUGGUUAUAGUUUUCAUCUGCUAAAUCAAUUGCGUGAGGAUCAAGAUAACCCUAGUUCAGGUUUCAUCGAUCCUAUACCUUUCUUUCCAACUACCUCUUCUACUUCUUCAUCCAUUAAUUUUCAAAACUACCCUUCUGAAAACCUUGGGCUCUCUCUUCAUUCCUUCCAAGAUCACAAUGGUUUCAUUCCUUGGCAAUCACAACAACCAUGUGAAAACGAAAACGAAAACGAAAACGAAAACCAUAACCAAACACUUUUUGAUAACCAGUAUCAUGUGAAUUGGGACAAUGAAACAACCAAUGAUUAUAUAAAGAAAGUAGGGUUCAUGGUAAACUCAAAUCCUUUUCUAGGUCAAGGUUCAGAUUACAAUCCAAAUGAGACACUUGAGUCGAAUCUUUCGCAUUCGGCUUUGUCUUGGAAUGAAAUUCCUAUGGAUUCUUCUUCAGAGGUUCAUCACAGAUCACAACCAGUUCAUCAUCAAGCUUCAAUCUUUGGAAGCUGCAGGUUUGUUUCUGAUGGAUUACCAGGUUUCUGCAUUCUUGAUACAGUUCAAAAUGGAGAAGAGGGUCAUGGAGUUUCUUCUAAUAAGCCUUCUUCUGUUUCUCCUAACAACAACUGA